AUGAAAGAGGAUAAUAAAAUACAAAAACAAAGUGAAGGUCUUUAUUAGUGGAUUGUUCUGGCAAGUUUUUGCUUGAAUUCGUAUAUUAGAAUACAUAUUUUAGAAUGUCGAAUAUCUUUUUGUUUACAGGAUUAUCACCAAUUUGGUCUCAAGUGGCCAUAUAUUAUGGUACUACUGACUAUGAUUUAAAUUGGUUUACAAACAUGUACUACAUAACUUUAAUGUCUUUUUCCUUUCUUUUCAAUCCUAUAAUAAUUAAAUUUUUUGGAAUGUCCUAACUCCUGAGCUGUUGUUUCACCUCAUUGGGGCUGUGGCUUUUAUUGUAUGUGAAACAAAGUUAUUAAUUGGGACUUGUAAGUUUUGGAUUGAUAGCCUUAGGGGAAAGCUUGUAUUUCUAAGUUCCAUUACGUAAAAGUAUUCAAUAAUGAUAGAUUUAUCCAAACUUUGGUUUGCCCAUAAUCAAAGAAUUAUUUCCACCUUUAUAGCACAGUAUUCAAAUAAUUUGGGAAUGUUGAUAGGAUAUAUAGUUUCAUCAUCAUAUUUCCAGGAUAUUGUAUUUAUUUUAAGGUUAAAAAGGUCGAUGAAAAUGAAUUUAACUCGCGAUAUGGGAAUUUAGUAUUUUUUAACGCAAUAUUCGCAACCAUAGCUUUGGUUUUUAAUCUUUCGACUUUAAAAACCCCCUAAUUACGCCAUGACAUAGUUGAAAUUAGACUCACCAUAUGGGAAUCAUUAUCAAAAAUCGUAAUGGCCGAAGAAUCAGCAUUUGAUUUUUUAUCAAUAUCUUCAUGUAAAAAUGUCUAUAUUUGUAGUUAUAGGAUUGAGUUGGUGUUACACAAUGCUAAUAGGAACUCAAUAAUAUUAUCAGGGCUAAACCUUUAUACAAGUUACUUAAACUAGUAUAUACUUCUAAGUAGGCUAAAUAUUAGCUGGUACUUAUUGUACUUGGAAAUUAUAAAAGUAAUCAAAAGCAGGAAUUCAAUAGGAUUAUGACAUCUACAUAAAAACUAUGAUUAGUUUAGGGUUCUGGUUGCUUGUUUUCGAAAUUAUAUUGCUUGAAGAUAUUCCUUUCAUAAUUUUAGUUUUUAUAAAUUUUUUCAUUGGGGCUGGUUUAGGAGGAAUCUAUUCGGUCUUAUUGGAAGCCUUAAUGGAAAAACACUUUCCAGUUUAAGAGUUAGCAAUAGGAUCUGUUUUUGCUGCAGUUGCUUGUGUAAUAUAUGAUAAUUAGAUUUAGGUUGUAUCAAUAACGAUUACUAUGACUUUAGUCAUUCCUAAAUUCCUUGAAUAUGGAUUUUAAAUCUCAUGUUAUCUAAUGAUCAUUCCUUUUUGUUACAUAGCUGUCUUCUAUAAAACUCAAUUCAAAAGAUUUGAGGCAGAAGCUUGA